UACUGGAGCAUGGUGAGCCUAGGAAAGGGGUGGACCGAUACACAUCUUACCUCACGUCAAAAGCACUUCACUUGCCACAACGGAACGACAGGAGACGGAGGAGCCGUUGGUACAAUAGGUGGACUACAUCGCUUGGUGCAGUUUCGUUCGAGCGACAUUGUUCCCGCAUUGGCUACCUCAUCCAUCAAGUUAUAUUAGACCUACCUUCGUGAAAGGUCGUGUUUCUUUUUUCUUUUUUGAGGAACAAACGCUCCCAACAUGAAGACGGGUGUGUUAGCUGUUUUGCUUCUCAGUGUAAUAGCUGUGACAUAUGGACAGGGUGAGUGUGACAGCGAUCCGUGUGAAAAUGGAUCAACGUGUCAGGAAGGUGACGGUUCAUACAUAUGCCAAUGUAUGAUGGGAUUCGACGGACAAAAUUGCGAAAGGUUUACAGGUUCAAAUUGUGGAUACAACGUGUUUGAUUCCAGCGGUAUGAUUGAUUCACCAAACUACCCUGCCAUGUACAACAAUCGUGCUGAUUGUCUGUACCUUGUCCGUAUCAACAAGGCCCGAAGUAUCACAUUCACCAUCGAAGACUUCAUGACUGAGAUCUUCAAAGAUGUUGUCGAGUAUGGUGUUGGUCCUGAUGCCGAUUUCAACCAGGCACUUGGCGCUUUCGAAGGUAACCUGACAGCCGACAAUAAUAUCCCUGCUCCCUUCACUGUCAAUGGCGAUCAGGCUUGGUUCAUCUUCAGUACUGAUCGUAACAUCGUCAACAGGGGAUUCAGAAUUACAUUCACAUCAGACGGAGAUGAUUGUGAUCCUAACUUUUGUCAGAAUGGUGCCGCCUGUACAGAUUUGGUGAACGAUUAUGAGUGUACAUGUCCUCCAGGAUUUACCGGAGACAACUGCGAAAUUGAUAUUGACGAAUGCGCCAGUGAUCCCUGUCAGAACGGUGGUACUUGUAUCGAUGGAAUCAACGGCUACGUGUGUAACUGUGUUCCAGGUUUCGACGGCGACAACUGUGAAAACAAUAUCAACGAAUGCGCAAGCAACCCCUGUCUGAACGGAGGUACAUGUGUUGAUGGCAUUAACCAGUUCGAGUGUACAUGUUUACCCGGAUUUACUGGCGUCCGCUGUGAAAUCAAUAUUGACGAAUGUGCAAGUGAUCCUUGCCAGAAUGGUGGUGUUUGUGUCGAUGGCAUCAAUGGAUACACCUGCUCAUGUCCUCUCGGAUUCACUGGAGAUAACUGUGAAAUCAAUAUUGACGAAUGUGCCAGCGACCCCUGUCUUAAUGGAGGAACAUGUGUGGACCUUAUCAACGCUUACAUGUGUAACUGUGCUCCCGGUUGGACCGGUCCUACCUGUGCUGACAACAUUGACGAGUGUGCUAGCGAUCCCUGUCAGAAUGGUGGUCAGUGUAUAGAUGGUGUCAACGGAUACAUGUGUAACUGCCAACCAGGAUACACAGGAACCCACUGCGAAACUGACAUCGACGAGUGUGCAAGCGACCCUUGUCAAAACGGAGGUACCUGUGUGGAUGGGGUUAAUGGAUACGUCUGCAACUGUGCCCCUGGUUAUGAUGGAGAUAAUUGCGAGAACAAUAUUGAUGAAUGCGCCAGUCGUCCCUGUCAGAAUGGUGGUGUCUGCGUUGAUGGUGUGAAUGGAUUCAUCUGCAACUGCGCUGCUGGCUACACUGGAGUGCUUUGUGAAACCGAGCUAACGAGCUGUGACUCCGACCCUUGCCAAAAUGGUGCAACUUGUACUGUGGAUUCAAAUGAUAACUAUUCCUGUGCUUGUGCGUCUGGCUUCCGAGGACUUAACUGUGAAGUUGAUACAAACGAAUGCCUUUCGAACCCAUGCCUUAACGGUGCAACCUGCAGCGAUCUCCCAGAUGGAUAUCAGUGUACCUGCGCACCUGGAUACGAAGGGGUGCGUUGUGAAAUCGAUAUAAACGAAUGUGCUUCUAUUCCGUGUGCUAAUGGAGCAACAUGCGUGGAGGCAAUCGGUUCAUACACGUGCACAUGUCCGCAAGGGUUCACAGGAGUGCGGUGUGAAACAGAUAUCGAUGAAUGUGCAAGCGUGCCCUGUCAGAACGGUGGUACAUGCACGGAUCAAGUGAACGGAUACAUCUGCUCAUGCGCACCGGGUUUCGAAGGAACAAACUGCGAGACAGAUACCGAUGAAUGUGCUUCAUUCCCCUGCCAGAAUGGUGCCACAUGCACAGAUCAGGUCAACGGAUAUGUAUGUACAUGCCCUCCAGGCUAUACAGGAACGCACUGCGAAACUGAUAUUGACGAAUGUGCCUCAGCUCCUUGUCAAAAUGGUGGUACGUGUGUCGACCAAGUCAAUGGAUAUGUAUGCCAGUGCGCGCCCGGCUACUUUGGCGUGAAUUGUGAAACAGAUCGCGAUGAGUGUGCCUCUGCUCCCUGUCUGAAUGGAGGUGGUUGUACAGAUGUCGUCAAUGGAUACGUUUGCACUUGCCUACCUGGAUGGGAAGGAACCAACUGUGAAAUUAACACCGAUGAGUGUGCGAGCGACCCCUGUCAAAACGGUGGUCAAUGUAUUGACCAGGUCAAUGGUUACCUCUGCUUCUGCCUUCCUGGAUUCUCUGGCACUCACUGCGAAACUGAUAUUGACGAGUGUGCAAGUACCCCAUGUCUUAACGGUGGACAGUGUCUCAACAGAAUUAACCUCUACGAGUGUGUAUGUGCUCCUGGCUACACCGGUGUCAACUGUCAAAUCAAUAUUGAUGAAUGCGAGUCAGAUCCUUGUGAAAAUGGCGGAACGUGUUUCGAUGGAGUUAACGGCUACACAUGUAAUUGCGCACCAGGUUACACCGGCGCAAAUUGCGAAACUGAAAUCGACGAGUGUGCAUCAGCGCCUUGCUUGAACGGAGGAACUUGCGUUGAGAUGGUUAACGGAUACACUUGUCAGUGUGCAGCAGGAUAUACUGGGGUUAUCUGCCAGACUGAUAUUGACGAAUGUGCCAGCGACCCUUGCCAGAAUGGCGGUGCUUGUACCGAUAUGGUUAAUGGAUAUCUUUGUACCUGUGUACCCGGAUUCACUGGCAGUGACUGUGAGAUCAACAUCGACGAGUGUGCAAGCGAUCCCUGCCAGAAUGGUGGAACCUGUGUGGAUGGUGUCAAUGGUUUUGUCUGCCAGUGCCCUCCGAACUACUCCGGGACUUAUUGCGAGAUAUCACUUGAUGCAUGCAGGAGUUUGCCAUGUCAGAAUGGCGCUACAUGCGUAAAUGUUGGAGCUAACUAUAUUUGCGAAUGCCCUGUCGGAUUUGCCGGACAAAACUGUGAAAUUGAUAUCAACGAGUGUGCCAGUCUUCCAUGCCAGAAUGGUGGUGUUUGUAUUGAUGGCAUUGCCAUGUACACAUGUCAGUGCCCCCUCGGAUACGCUGGUGUCAACUGUGAAGAAGUUGGUUUCUGUGAUUUGGAAGGUGUAUGGUACAACGAGUGCAACGAUCAGAUCACGAUUACAAAGACAUCCACAGGCAUGAUGCUUGGAGAUUACAUGACGGCCAACGAACGUGAACUUGGAUACGCAGCCCCAACCGUCGUGGUCGGAUACGCGAGCAACAACUACGACUUCCCAUCAUUCGGUUUUACGGUAGUCCGUGAUAACGGUCAAUCAACUACCAGCUGGACCGGCCAAUGCCAUUUAUGUGAUGGAGAGGAGGUUCUGUACACCACUUGGAUCAAUACAAACAUGGUCAGCACAUGCCAGGAAAUCAAGAAAUCAAAUAUGGUUGGACAAGACAAAUGGACUCGUUAUGAACAGAGUAUUGCACCUCAGCCUGAUAUGUAGGAGCAGCGUCUUUAUCCAGAACAUGUGUUGUAAAUUUGUUUGAAAAGUACUAAUAUCUUUUAUCGAAACCUAUGCACUUAAAAGAAAACUUCUGAAACGAUAUAAACUAAAACGUAUAUUAUCGUUAUAUCAUCGCUAGGAAAUUAUAUUCUUCAACAUAGCAUUUUUGCUGUAUAAAAGAUUUUUUUACAAUAUCUUGUGAAGAAUAAUUAAUCAAAGAAUGAAAUUCGAUAUUGCAAUUGUAAUUGUCGCUGGGAAAGUCUAUUUUUAAACAUUGACAUUUUUGCUAUAUGAAAUAUUUUUAAAAUAUCUUGAGAAUAAUGAUCAAUGACAAAACUUUUCGUAUUUAAAUCACUUCGUCACAUCCAGAUUUUUUUCUUUGAAUUUUCAUUCUUUAAUUUGAAAAUAGUUUUACUUAUUCUUAUUCCAUCCUAUACAUCUAACAUACUGUCUGUUUGUAUUUUAGUUUUUCAUAUAUGUAUAUAUAUCGAUUUUAUAGUGUCAACGUACCAUCUAAAAUAAAUUUGAUCAUGUUUUAUAAAAGUAUGACGUCGAAAAUAAAAUAUGUGAAUGUCUGAUUAUAUACACUGCUUGUUUCUAUACUUUUAUUGUGUUUUUAAUAAAAUGCUGCGAUGAUCAAACAUUGA